CCUCUUGCUUCACCGCCCACUCAACCUCCAAUGUCUUUGGAGUCACCACAAAUACAAAAAAGCCUAAACAGCUUUUGGCAGUCACUGGGUCUAGGCAGAAAAGGAGCAUCAAGCAGUGACUUGCACAACGCUGGAAGGAUCUAUUACACUGAAAAAAAUUAGAGGAAAGCACAGUGUGACCAGACUGCUGCCUGAAAGGGAACAGAGCUGAGAGCCACUGAGGACUGUGAGCAGAGCCUUCUGAAAUAGCAGAGCCCAGAGGAUAGCAAGAUGUGGAAGAGGUCAAAGGUGACCGAUCAAACUGCUGCUGGGCAGGCAGGCAUCAGGAAGAAGUCUAAAGUGCCCGGUGUCAUGAUAACGCAGUUUAUGGAGGAACUUCCAGAGGGAAUGUCAACUCCAGAUUUCACUCGCAAACCCAUUGCUCUGACUAUUCAAGAGGGUAAAUAUGCAGUCUUUAAAGCCAAAAUAGUGGGCACUCCCACACCAACUGUAACAUGGAGCAGAGCAAAUGGAGAAUUACUUUUCCACCCUGACGUGUGCCUGCAGAAGUAUGAUCAGGCAUCCCAGGAACAUACCCUUGAGUUUCCUAAGGUUGCCCCAGAGGAUGCUGACACCUACAAGUGUUUUGCAACAAAUGAAUAUGGAAGGGCUGUUUGCACUGUUGUGUUGAAUGUUAUUGCAGUUGGAUUCUCUAAGACCAAGGAGCUUCAAAAGUCACAAGGAGAAGAUGCAGCAGACCUCAGAAAAAAGCUUAAAAAACGUAACGCUGAUGGAACACGUGAGGAGAAGCCAAUGGAGCCUGAGGAGAAGGUCUGGGAAAUUCUGCUUAGUGCAGAAAAGAAAGACUACGAGCGGAUCUGCGCUGAGUACGGUAUCACAGACUUCCGAGGAAUGCUGAAGAGACUCACUGAAAUGAAGAGAGAGAGAGAGGAGGAGAUUGCAGAGUUUGUGACACACAUCAAUACCCUGAAACAUAUUGAGGUCAGUGAUGACGACUGCGCAACAAUUGAGUUGGACAUGGACCUAAAGGAUCCUAGCAGCAAAAUUUUCCUGUACAAGGAUGGCGUGAUGGUUCCAUUCACCAAAGAAGAAGGCGAGGGGAUGAAGCACAGUUUGAAACAAGUUGGCAAGAAAUACGUCUUCACGAUUAAAAAACUAGGCUCAGAAGAUGCUGGACUCUACUCAGUGGAUGUUGAGGGCGUCAAUGUAUUUUCCACAGAUUUUAAAGUACCUAACGUUGACUUUGCUGUCAAAAUACAAGAGGUCAAGGCAGAGGAGCGACAGGACGCCCUCUUUCAAUGUGUCCUGACUGCACCCAUGAAUGAGAUUAAAUGGUGUGGCAAAAACGCGCCACUGUCAAAUAGCGAGAAAUAUGAAAUCAGUGUAUCUGAAGAUAAGCUGAUCCAUAAGUUGAUUGUGCGGGACUGUAUGCCUUUGGAUGCUGGUAUCUAUGCUGCUGUGGCAGGAAUCAAAUCAUGCAAUGCAUGGCUUAUAGUUGACGACCCAGGAGUUCACUUUCAUGCUGGGCUUUCUGACUGCAAAGCCAUUAUUGGAGAAGCAGCAUUGCUGGAAUGUAAACUGAGCAGCGAAGAUUGUAAGGGAAUCUGGUACAAAGAUGGAAAUGAGAUUAAAUCAUCUGAGGGUAUAACCAUUUCACAAGAGGGAAGUUUCCACAGGCUGAAAAUUCACAAAGUCACAGAGGAAUUUGCUGGGAAAUAUAAAUUUGAAGCAGAUGGAAGAAAAACAGAGGCCUUGAUUGUUGUUGAAGAUCCACCCCGGUUUGAUAAUGAGGAAUUGGAAGCAUUUAAAACUCCUGUGACAGUGAAAAAAGGACACAAAGCUACCUUCAAAGUACCUUAUAUUGGACGAGACCCUAUAAAAGUUCAGUGGUACCUUGAGGGUGAAGAGCUUUCUGACGACUCAAAUAUCAAAAUUGAGCACUCAGAUGGGUGCAGCCGUUUGCUUCUUACCAAGCUGCAGCGCAAAGACAGUGGUGAAGUCAAGAUAAAACUCAAAAAUGAGUUUGGCACUGUUGAGGCCCUCAGCCAGCUUGUGGUACUCGAUAAACCUACUCCUCCAAUGGGACCUUUGGAGAUUGUCGAGGCUUCCUCCUCCACUAUUGAAUUCAAGUGGAGACCUCCAAAAGACAGCGGUGGCUGCAAGAUAGCAAACUAUAUUCUUGAGCGACAGCAAGUUGGUCGCAACACCUGGAAGAAGGUGGGACCAAUAGGUCCAGAGGCCAAAUACAAGGACAGUGAUGUAGAUCACGGCAGGAGGUACUGCUAUCGCAUCAGAGUGGAGACUGAAAUGGGCACCAGUGAGCUGAUGGAAACGGAGGACAUUCAAGCUGGUACAAAAGCAUACCCUGGACCUCCAUCAACACCAAAGGUUGUCAGUGCCUUCAAGGACUGCAUCAACCUCUCCUGGUCUCCUCCUUCCGACACUGGAGGAACCAAUAUUCUGGGAUACAACCUUGAGAAACGCAAGAAGGGCAGCAACCUGUGGGGCCAAGUCAACCCACCUGAGGAGAUGAUCAGAGCAAAGGGAUUUGCUGUCAAGGACGUGGUUGAGGGCAUGGAGUAUGAAUUCCGUGUGUCAGCAAUCAAUAACUCUGGAGCGGGUGAAUUCAGUACACCAUCUGAGUUUGUGUUUGCCAGAGACCCUAAAAAGCCUCCUGGUAAAGUCAUUGACUUGAAAGUGACAGAUUCCACCUACACAACCCUGUCCCUGUCUUGGACCAAACCCAAGGACAUUGAGGGGGAAGAGGAUGAAGCCAAAGGAUAUUUUGUGGAGAUCAGGCCUGCAGAAAACACAGACUGGGAUCGGUGCAAUGCAAAUGCAAUUACCAUGAAUUCCUACACAGUGAAAGGCAUGAAGUCAAUGGCCAUGUACUGGGUGAGAGUGAUUGCUACUAAUGAUGGAGGAGAGGGAAAGCCACAGGAGCUGGAUAAUUACAUCCUUGCCAUGCCUCCUCCUGUGAGGCCACGAUUCACAGAUGCAAAAAUCAAGAGUUUCAUGGUGGUGAGAGCAGGAAAUUCUGCACGAUUCAACAUUAACUUUGAGGCCUCCCCUUGGCCUGAGGUAAUCUGGUUGAAAGAUGGAGUGCCAGUGUCUAAGAAAGUGACCAUCAGUAACGCAGAAGGCACAUCCCAACUUCUGAUUCCCUCUGCUGAGCGCACAGAUACUGGGAUCUACACUAUCCUUGUCAAGAACAUUGUUGGACAAGAAACAUUUAGCAUUGAAAUUAGAGUCACAGAUGAACCUAAGCCACCAGGCCCUGUGGAGCUUGAUGAAAACGUGCCUGGCACAGUGACUAUUUCAUGGGCCGCAUCUCCAGAUGAGAAGCGUGAUGAAAGGCUGCACUAUAUGGUGACUAAGCGUGAUUCAAAGAAAAGACAAUGGCACACCAUUGCAGAUCACAUCUUCAACAAUAGAUUCACAGCCUGCAACAUAAUGCCAGGUCGAGAAUACCAAUUCAGAGUCUAUGCAAAGAAUGACAUGGGCUCCUCCAAUCCCUCAGAGUCACCAAAGUGGCUGAUUACUGCCAAGAAAGAAAAGUUCACAGUGAACCUGCUGGAGUCGAAGGCCUGCAACCUGCAAUGUCCUCCAAAGUUCAUUGUCCCACUGAAAAUGCACACUGCUCCUCAAGGGUAUGAAUGCUACAUGAGCUGUGCUAUAAAAGGAGAUCCAACACCUCAUGUGACAUGGCUCCGCAACAAUAUCAGUCUGAAUACCAACACUAACUACUUCAUCUCCAACACCUGUGGAGUGUGUUCUCUGCUCAUAUUGAGGGUUGGACCUAAGGACACUGGAGAGUACAAGGUUGUUGCAGAAAGCCCUAUGGGGAGGGCAGAGUGCUCCACUAAACUGACAGUCAGAGAAUAAAUGAACACACUGAAGAUGAUGGAGUUGCUCUAAAACCCUAACAGAAGAAAAGUUUUCUGUAAAUCAGAGAUACUACACACUAUGUCUUUAGAGUUUAGCCAGCUCUGACUGAAUUAGAUAGAUUGGUGGUUAUUUAAAUUUUAAGUCACAGUAAGGUCUUAGGGUUACAAUUGUUGCUGAACUAAAAGCCACAAACAUAUCGUUUGUUCUGAUUUCAACUGUGCAGUCUCAAUAAAAGAAAAGCUUGGAAUGCUAAUGUGCAAUCUUUCAUAUUUUAACUCUAAUAAUAUGCAUGUUAACAGCAAAAAUAUUUACAGUGCAGAACUCUGUGUAGCAGUGAUUUAUUGAUUUUAAAAGGGCUAUCUAAAGCUGUUUGCCUAAAGCUCAACUAUUGGCUUGUCUUUCAGUUCAAUUUAAAAUUUUCUGUUCAUGUGUAUGAUGACUGUUUGAUUGUAAUUGUUAACUUUUCCAUAAUUGUAGUUCUUCCCCCAAACUAAACCAGAGAGGAGAAAACACUGACAUGAAAAACUUAUAUGAUGCUGACUGUUUGUUAUAGAAUGUUACACGUAAGAAAAUGUGUGUGGGUUUGGUGUAAAUAAAUAUUUCAUACUGCUA